AUGGCGUCCCAGCUGGUCGAGAGCCACCGCGCCGGGGCCGAGGUCAUCAAGGGGGGCGAAGUCUGCAAGAAGAAGUCCGUCGAGCUCCUUGAAGAGCUCGGCCUCCCGAAAGGCCUCUUUCCAAUGGGCGACAUCGAGGAGAUCGGGUACAACCCGCUCGCGGGUUCGUGUGGAUGCUUCAGAAGAAGAAGAGUGAGCACACCUUCAAGAAGAUCGAGCAAACCGUCUCCUACGACACCGAGGUGA